AUGGAUGGAUCAAUUGGGAUCAUUGGCGCUGGUAUAACCGGUCUCGCUACUGCCUAUGUCCUGUCUUCUAGAUACAAUAUCACGAUUGUGGCACGAGAUCAGCCAGGAGACAUGGGACUUGACUGGGCAAGUCCUUGGGCAGGAGCUGUGUUCCAUCCUCAGCGGCACGCCAACAAGUCUCAGCAACAGAUGCAACGAGACUGCUUCAAAUUCUACUGGGAUAUCGCCAACCAAGAACCAUCGAAUGGCGUGAAGCUGUAUCCCAUGACUGAGUAUUUAGAUGAUGAAACAACAGAAGCAGAUCUCUGGUAUCGGUCAUUGAUGCCUGAUUAUAGAGUUCUGCCUAUAUCAGAAUUGCCUUCGAAGAUAAAGCUAGGUGCCAAGUACACCACGCUUGCGAUCAACCCCUUGAUCUUUCUGCCUUGGCUGAAGAACAAGCUUGUCGCAAGAGGUGUCAAAUUUAUUCGGAAAGAAGUCAAAAGCAUUGAAGAUGCACGCUCAAUCACAAAAGCUAAGGUCAUCGUAAACGCAUCAGGUGUUGGCGCAAGAGUUUUGGCUGGAGACGAAGCGGUUGUCCCGGUCCGAGGCCAAACGAUGUUUGUUAAAACAGAUUUCAACGAGCUCGUGAUGCUUGAGGGAUCUGAGUACACAUAUGUCAUUCCGAGAGCUGGUUCAGGUGGGGUAAUCAUGGGAGGUAUCAAAUCCGACAGGCUUGAUGCCGAGAUAGACGUCACUCUGAAGAGUGACAUCCUUCGGCGUGUGAAUCGUUUGACCAAAGGGGCCUUUGACGGUAUCGAUCUGAAUGGAGUCACAGAUGUUCUUGGAUUCCGCCCAGGCAGAAAGGGAGGGUUGAGAGUCGAGCGUGAAGGUGAUGUGAUCCAUGCAUACGGUGUGGAAGGCGCCGGAUACAUCUAUUCGUUCGGGGUUGCAGAGAAGGUGAUACAAUUGUUUGAAGGAGGACAAAUCAAAUCAAAAAUGUAA